AUGGUCGAGAUCAGCAUCCAAAAACGACCGCUUUCCGGCGUCGAGCUCGAGUCGGCCCAACGCAAGUACUUUCGCAAAACCGCUCGUGGUAAAGUCCUCAAAGUUGUUCGCGAGCGCUAUCUCCGUGACGAUAUCGCCUGUGGUAGUCGUGCUUGCGAGCAAUGCCAUCAUAUUCACUCCCGCCUCCAAAGGCAGGCCCAGGAAGGUGGUCCUCAGAACAAGAUCUUCCUCGAUCCUUCUGGCCUCAAGAACAAAAACGUGGAUAGGAACCACUACCUUGUCCUCGACACCAACGCCUUUCUCCACCAAAUGGAUCUCAUCGAAAACCCAAGCUUCACCGAUGUCAUAGUAUUGCAGACUGUCAUGGAUGAGGUGCGACACAGGAGCUUGCCUCUCUUCAACCGCCUCAAGAACCUCAUCGCAGAUCCUGACCGUAGGUUCUGCGUCUUCUACAACGAUUUUGGCCGCCAGACAGCUGUCUUGCACAACCAAGACGAGUCGCCCAACGACACAAAUGACAGAGCCAUUCGUACAGCUGCAAAGUGGUAUCGAACCCACCUCAUGGCUUCUACUGGUCCCGCCUCAUCGUCCAAGGCCAAUCUCGACGUUCUGCUCAUUAGUGACGACCAAGACAACGUCCAACGUGCGCUCAAGGACGACAUUCGAGCCAUGUCCCUUCGCGAUUACAUCCAAGGUCUCGACAAUGCUGACCAGCUUCUCGACCUCCUCUCCUCCCGCUCCAUCCCCUCGGCUUCCGGAGGCAGCGAGAAGCGAGCCGUCCUCUACCCCGAGCAUUUCGCUCAAAACCAAGUCACCGCAGGGAUCAAGUCCGGCCAGCUCUUGCAAGGUUUCUUCAACGCUAACCCGUACAACUACCUCGAGGCUACUGUCCGAUCUGGUCAGCUAACUCGACCCAUCUUGUUGGUCGGUCGUGAGGCUAUGAACCGUGCUGUCGACGGCGACGUCGUAGCGGUGCAGAUGCUGCCUAAGGAUCAGUGGAAGGCGGCGACAGAAGAAGUCAUCGACGCCGACGCUGCACUCAAGGAUGACGAUGCUGAACGCGGUGAUGGCCAAGGUGCUGCUGACGAUGAUAUCGAAGCAAGGCUGGCAAGAAAAGAGGCAGCAGAUGCUGAAGCCAACGCUCGCUCUUCUCGUGGUGAGCCCCAGCCGACAGGAAAGGUUGUGGGCAUUGUCCGUCGCAAUUGGCGUUCGUACGUCGCCCAUGUCGACGUCAACUCGGUCAACUCUUCUGCUCUAUCCAGCUUGGGCGCACAGACUGUUUUCGCUACACCUGUCGACCGAAAGCUUCCACGCAUUCGCAUCCGCACCCGUCAAGCGAAGGACUUGAUGGGACAGAAGAUCCUCAUCGCUCUCGAUUCUUGGCGUCCCACAUCUCGCUACCCUGACGGGCAUUUUGUUCGCGCACUUGGCCAAGCCGAAAGCAAACAAGCCGAACAAGAAUCACUCCUCCUUGAGCACGAUGUACCCUACCGACCCUUCAGCAAAGCCAUCCUCGACUGUCUCCCACCCGAGGGAGACAGCUGGGUCGUCCCACCCAAAGACAUGACCCAUCGAGCAUGGAAAGACCGCAUCGAUAUGCGAGAAGAGAUGAUUUGCUCCAUCGACCCUCCUGGCUGUCAAGACAUUGAUGACGCUCUCCACGCCAAGCAGCUCCCCAAUGGCAACAUCGAAGCGGGCGUCCAUAUCGCCGAUGUGUCUUACUUUGUGAGACCUGACAAUCCUAUGGAUGCUGAAGCAGCUAGUCGCGGUACGACGGUUUAUCUGGUGGAUAAGAGGAUCGACAUGCUUCCUCAUCUGCUGGGGACUAAUCUCUGCUCGCUGAGACCAGACGUGGAACGACUAGCGUUCAGUGCGGUUUGGGAGAUGACACCAGAUGCAGAGAUUGUUAAUGUGCGGUUCCACAAGUCGGUCAUUGCUUCCAAGGCCGCCUUCACCUAUGAGGAAGCGCAGUUUCGAAAGGAUGACAAGAGCAAGAAGGAUGCCAUCACCGAAUCUAUUCGCCUUCUUAAUUCGCUCGCUAUUAAGCUCAAACAGAAACGUAUGGACGCAGGUGCGCUCAAUCUCGCCUCGCCUGAAGUGCGUAUCCACCUCGACUCGCCCGAACAAGCCGGGCCGAUUGAGGUAGAGCAAAAGGAAAUGCGAGAGACCAAUUCACUGGUCGAAGAGUUCAUGCUUCUCGCCAAUGUCUCUGUCGCUCAACGGAUCUACGAGGUCUUCCCCAUGACCGCUGUCUUGCGUCGUCACUUGGCUCCGCCACGCACCAACUUUGAAAACCUGCAGGAUAUCUUGCAGAAACGAAGGCGGAUGGAGCUCGACGUUUCCAGCUCGGGUGCUCUGGCUGCAUCGUUGGACAAGUGCGUCGACCCGAAAGACCCUCCUUUCAACACGUUGGUAAGGAUCAUGGCGACCAGGUGCAUGUUGGCUGCGGAGUACUUUUGUUCGGGUAGCGUUGCGAGGGAUACUUUUGGACAUUAUGGGUUGGCAGCUGGGAUGUAUACGCAUUUCACCUCGCCAAUCCGACGUUAUGCAGAUGUGCUGGCGCACCGUCAACUGGCAGCAGCCAUCAACUACGAACCACUGCAUCCCUCGCUUCACAGCAAAGAUUACGUCGACGAGAUGCUCAAGCUUGUCAACAAGAGACACAGGAGCGCACAGCAAGCCGGUCGAGCUUCGGUUGAGUUUUAUGUCGGUCUUUCUAUCGCCCAACGUAAUGCUAUGCUGGCUACGACCGAGGAUUGCAGCAGGAAGAGCAAAAAGGAUAAAGUGCAGGGGGAAGGUGGAAUGCAAGCCUCAGCCUACGUCAUCCGCGUAUUCCGCAACGGUCUCGCUGUAUUCGUUAACCAAUUCGGACUGGAAGGUUUGAUCACUUUCAACCAAGAGGUUGAGUUCGAUCAGGAUAACCACCAGAUCAACAUCCCCACUUCGGUCAGCGGGUUGAGCAAGGAUCUUGAACUAGGCAUUUUUGACCAGUGUACAGUGCAAAUUGGCCUGUCUAAGGAUCACGCCACUAAGAGAGGCAAAGUUAGUAUGAUCCUCGUCGAUCACUAA